CUUUAGUAACGACACAUAUUUUGCCACCAGUCUCUUUCUACUUCUCUUUGUGCUGCCCUUUCAAUUUAAUUAAGCACAGUGUUUCAAAAAUAGUUUCUAUAUAUGAUUUAGUAGAAAAAAGAAAACAAUCUAUUUUCUCGAGAAAAAAAAAAAUUUAUUCUCCCUUAGAAAAAAAAGAACAAAAAUGGUUUUUAAUUAAGUGAGAAAGCAAAAAAAAAACAGUGAAAAUAUGGAUAAGUAAUUUUAAAAAAGGCGCCGUUCAAAGUUUUUUGUGGAAAAAAAUAUACCAAAAAAAAAAAAAUGACUAGGUAUAAACAGGCGGAAUUCGAGGAUGAUGAUAACAGCAGCAUUGGAUCUAUCGCAUUGAACAGUGAAAGAAUAAGCACAUCUGCUACACAUAUUAGAUAUCAUUCCUCGGGUAUAAUACAAGGGGCAACUUUAUGGCGAGCAAGAACAAUAUUAGAGAGAUUUCUCUUAAUCAGUGUUUGUGGAUUAUUGUUAAUGGUAAUAAUCCUAUCGAUUGUAAUUAGUAGCAAAAGUUCUUGGGAUGAAUCGAGAAUUCUUCAUAUUUCUGCAGAUGGUUCGCAUUGUAUUACUCCACAUUGUGUCACAGUGGCAGCCUCCAUAAUUAAUAGUAUAGAUAAUUCCGUUCAUCCUUGUGAUGAUUUUUAUGAAUACGCAUGUGGCGGAUGGAUUAAAAAAAAUCCUAUACCGGAUGGAAAAAGUAUGUGGGGAACUUUUGGAAAAUUAGAACAAGAUAAUCAGUUAGUCGUCAAAAAUGUUCUUGAGAAACAGUUAACUGAAAUGAAAUCGGAAGCUGAGAAGAAGGCUAAGUUAUAUUAUUUAUCGUGUAUGGAUGUAAAUGAAACAAUAGAAGCUUUGGGGGCAAAACCAAUGCUCGAUUUAUUGGAGGAUGUUGGAGGUUGGAAUAUAACAGGGAAAUUCAAUAUUAGCAAUUGGUCUUUACAGAAGAGCAUGCAUAUAUUGCAGAAUGGUUAUAAUAUGGGAGGGCUUUUUUCAUGGGCGGUUAAUGAAGAUGACAGAAAUAGCAGUAGGCAUAUUAUACAAAUCGAUCAGGGUGGUUUGACCUUGCCAACAAUAGAUAAUUAUUUGAAUAAAACAGAACACGAGAAGGUUUUAGUUGCUUAUCUCGAGUAUAUGACUAAGAUUGGAGUACUGUUAGGAGGUGAGAAAAAUUCUACAAGAAGACAAAUGCAGGAUAUCAUUAAUUUUGAGACAAAAAUAGCAGAGAUAACAACGCCUCAAGAGGAUAGAAGGGAUGAUGAAAAAUUGUAUAAUCUUAUGAAAAUUGGAGAUCUACAAAAAAUGGCUCCAUUCAUGUCUUGGGUAGAUUAUUUUAAAAAUGCAACAAUUCCUGUGGGUAAAAAAGUCAACAGCAAAACUAACAUUGUGAAUUAUGCUCCUGAGUAUUUCACCAAAUUGAACAAACUUGUGCAAGAGUACAGCAAUACGACUGAAGGAAAAGUAAUUUUAAAUAACUAUCUCAUUUGGCAAACUGUCAGAUCAUUAACUGCUUGUCUCUCGAAACCAUUUCGAGAUGCAUACAAGGGACUUAGAAAAGCUCUUAUUGGAUCUGAAGGAAGAGAAGAACAAUGGAGGUAUUGCGUCAGUGAUGCCAAUAAUGUUAUGGGAUUUGCCAUUGGUGCUAUGUUUGUCAGGGAUGUAUUUCAUGGAAAAAGUAAACCGAUGGCUGAGAUGAUGAUCAAUGAAAUUAGACAAGCUUUCACAAAGAAUCUAAAAAAUUUAGAUUGGAUGGAUGCAGAAACGAGAAAAUCAGCUGAUGAAAAAGCAAACGCCAUUACUGAUAUGAUUGGAUUUCCAAAUUUUAUACUAAAUCCAAAGGAAUUAGACGAGCGUUAUCGCAGUCUACAAAUAAAAGAAAAAGAAUAUUUUUUAAAUAAUAUACGAAUAAAUAAGUAUAAUUUGAGAAAAAGUUUGGAAAAUCUUGAUCAGCCAGUUAAUAAAACAACUUGGAUUAUGACACCACCAGCUGUUAAUGCUUAUUAUACACCGACAAAAAAUCAAAUAGUCUUUCCUGCUGGUAUUUUACAAAGUCCAUUCUACGAUAUGGAAAAUCCAAAUAGUCUUAAUUUCGGUGGAAUGGGUGUUGUAAUGGGUCAUGAACUUACUCAUGCUUUUGAUGAUCAAGGCAGAGAAUACGAUUUACAUGGAAAUUUACAUCAAUGGUGGAAUAAUGCAACAAUUGAAAAAUUCAAAAGUCGAACUCAAUGCUUUGUUGAACAAUACAGUGAAUUUGAAAUUGACGGCCGUCACGUGAAUGGAAAACAAACUUUAGGUGAGAAUAUAGCUGAUAAUGGAGGAUUAAAAGCUGCGUAUCAUGCAUAUUUAACGACGCCUAAAAACUAUAGAGAUCAAUUACCACUACCUGGUCUCAAUAUGACACAUCGACAAUUAUUUUUCCUCAACUUUGCCCAGGUCUGGUGUUCUGCGGUGACAUCAGAAGCAGUAGGCCUUCAAAUUGAAAAGGAUUCACAUUGUCCUGCCAAAUUUCGCGUAAUAGGUCCACUAUCAAAUCUUCCAGAAUUUUCUGCCGAAUUCAACUGUCGAAAGGGCACAAAAAUGAAUCCCGUUCACAAGUGUGAAGUAUGGUAAUAAUUCAAUUUUUCUUUCCUAAAAAAAAAACAAACAAAAUGAAAAGACUUUUCUUCUUUAAUAAAAGAAAUAAUUGAGCCAAAAUGGGUUCAUAAAAAUACUGGUUCUGAACCAAUUUAUCGGCCUGAAGAAUGUAUAGUUUUUUGAAAAUGUAGUACCGGUCAUCCAUGAUACAAAGAGAAUAAACGUAUGAGUGUUCUGUGUUAUUAUUUGAAAAAAAACCGAGAAAUUAGAAAUUCUUGUAUGGAUCUUAAAUAAAAAUCUUAUGAUUGCACUCAUUGGUCAUUGGGCACUUUUAAGAUCUUUACAAUUUGAUCUAUCAUUUAUGUAUAUUCAGUGUUAUUAUUAAUUUGUUAAUUUUUUUUUGGUUCGGAGAAAAACCUUUUUAAACUUUUGAAAUAUAUUAAAAUUUUUUCAUUAUAAACAUUUUUACCAGAUUCUUCAUGUUUUUCACUUUUAUACAAAACAAAAAUUUUAAAUAUUAUACAUAUAAUAAAGAAUUUUGCAUUAAGGAUGAUGAUUUCAGUUUUCGCAAAGAAAUACGUUUUUCUCUUGAAUUAUAAAAAUAGACUGAAGAUUAAGACUGACCAAAAUAUGAAGAAUGGAUCAGGGGAAAGAUUUUUUGUUAUGCAUUAUCUACAAUCAACACAACAUUUUUUGUAAAGUUUUAAAACUAAUUUUUUCUUUAUUUAUAUAUAUAUUUGUAAUUUUAUACAAUUGUCAUUCUAAUGUCAAGUUCAUUUCAAACAAGCAGCCUAAAACAGCAAAAAAAAAUUAACUUCAGUUUCAUCAAUAUUACACUGUCAACAAGAAAUAAUUUUUUAAAUAAGUAUUUAUAAAAAUUUAAUUAAAUUUAAAAAAUGUUUCCCUCCGAAUCAAAAAAAAAAAAAAACAAA